ACUUGGUCCCUGAGAUUUCUGCCAUUUUUGCGGACUCAACCAUGUCGAUGGGUGAGAAGAGGUCGUUGGAGAGCCUGGUUCGGUAGUUUCCAGCAUUCCCGUAUGGAUCGAUAUGUCGACCAAGUUGACCAGCCCUCGAGAUGAUUCCGAUGGUACUUCACCCGCGGAGCGCACAGGUAUCACGAAGCAGACUGUCGCUCUCGAGCCGGCGAAGAAAUCAGUGCUGAGCAACUACAAGGGGUUUGUCGCAGGCGUCUUCUCGGGCAUAGCCAAAUUGUCCGUCGGCCAUCCUUUCGACACGAUCAAAGUACGACUACAGACCUCGGAUAGGUCACAGUUCAAAGGGCCGUUGGACUGUCUCCUGAAAACAGUGAAAAAAGAGGGACCACAAGGAUUGUACAAAGGUGCUACACCUCCGCUACUAGGAUGGAUGGCCAUGGACUCUGUCAUGCUGGGUAGCUUGACCCUCUACAGACGCAUUCUGCACGACGAGAUCUUUUCAAAUCCAGCUUUCCGGCCUGGAAAAUCUGCCGCAGAAUUGGCAAACGAGCGGAUGCCUGCCUUUGGCCAUGGAAUUGCAGGCAUCAUGGCCGGCUCGACAGUUUCAUUCAUCGCGGCGCCAGUCGAACAUGUCAAAGCGCGGCUACAGAUUCAGUAUGCGGCGAAGAAACAAGAUCGGCUGUAUAAAGGGCCGAUUGAUUGUACCACCAAGAUUCUCAAGGCCCAUGGAAUUCGUGGCUUGUAUCACGGCCUGUUGGCCACCUUGCUGUUUCGAUCCUUCUUCUUUUUCUGGUGGGGUUCGUACGACAUAUUUACCACCCUUAUACAAAGGCAUACUUCGCUUUCGACGCCUGCCGUCAAUUUUUGGGCUGGUGGCUUAUCUGCUCAGAUCUUUUGGCUUACGUCCUAUCCAUCUGAUGUCGUCAAGCAGAGAAUCAUGACCGAUCCGCUUGGAGGAAAGCUCAAUGAUGGAACACCUCGGUUUAGACGCUGGAGAGAUGCUGCCACUACCGUAUACAAAGAGUCUGGCUGGAGGGGCUACUGGAGGGGAUUUGUUCCUUGUUUUCUGCGGGCAUUCCCUGCCAAUGCGAUGGCGUUGGUAGCCUUUGAAGGCGUGAUGCGCUCCCUGCCUGAUUAGCUCGUUGAUACCCUGAUCUCUUUCAUAGACAUUGACGACACUCUAGCAGGCAGGCUCUGUCGACAGAUCUCCUCCAUUUCAGUAGUCCCACGGCCGGCAGACUAGGGCC